AUGGAGGAUGAGCCAACGAGCCCUCUCGCGGCCUUCCUCGGCAACAGGUCCGCCUCCUGGUUCGGCGCCAGCCCCGCGGACGAUGAUCGAGCCACGAUGGGCACCUCGUCGUCCGCGGGCGCGGACCUGACGCCGCUGGGGUUGCCGCUGUUCGAGGCGGACAAGGUGUUCGCGGUGCAGGCCGCGCGGGAGGCCGGCGGGCCGAAGAAGUCCGCGAGUCGCGUUCGGUCGCUGGGCGCGUGCCAGCCCCAGCGCGUGUGCGACCCGAUGGACGGCCUCGCGCCGGGCAACUUCCUGCAGGGCAUCUUCGGCGCCGGCGCCGGGGACGGGGACGAAGACGGGGACCGCGCGGGCGCGUCGUCCUCGCCGUCGAUCCCCCCGGGUUCGCACGAUCCCGCGAGUUCGCGCGAGUUCGUCGCCGCGACGUGCUCGAACGCGUUCGACGCGCGCCGGCGGCUCGGGGCGGCGAGACUUACGCGGGUGUUUCACGCGGCGGCGCACUCGUCCGAGGGAUUCACCAAACAUCACCUGCUCCUCCGCGCCGAGGACACGGCGCCGCAUAUGGACGGUGUUAACGGUGUUAACGGUUUAGAAACCCCUAAUAAACCCCCGGUGCUCCGCGCGCUGCCGUGGUACGAGGGCGAGGGCGGCCGGAUCGUAUCGAUGGCGUUCGGGCCGGCGCCGAUGGACGAUCGGCUCCUGUGCGGCACCGCGGACGGCGGCGUGUACGUCAUACCCUGCGACGCGGUGCUCGCGGGGGACGCCGCGAGGGACGAGUCGGAAGGGGAGAAGGAGCCGGACGAGGAGGCCGAGGUCGGGGAUAGAAAGAAGACGAAAAAGACAAAGACGAAGAAAGGACGGCCCGAACCCAUGAUCCAGGUUCUGAACGCCGGCGGCUCCGCGGUGGUCUCCGUCGCGUGGCUGCGGGCGUCCGACGCCGCCGGGCAUCCCACGGCGGUCGUCGUCACCGCCGCCGGGGAGGUCAAGUUCUGGGCGGCUCCCUCCUUUUCCUCGCUCGCGUCGGCGAAGGUCGGGUGCGCUCGCGCCGAGUCUGCGGAGUUGGUGGACGCCGGCGCCCGCGGCGUGACGUUUCUGCUCAUCGCGGGAUACGAAGCGUCGGCGGAGAAUACGUCAACACGGGCGGACAGGGUCUACUGGACGCUCAAGCUGCCAGCCGGCGACGUUCACAAACCUGCAGAGCCCGUGUUGGGUCGGUUCGGCGUCGACAGAAAGGGCGACGUCGAGGGUCUGGACGUCUCCUCGUCCGGCGGCGGCGGUCGCGAGCGGUGGAGGGCGGCGGCGGCGGCGGCGGCGGCUCCCCCGGGCGAGCGGGCGCCGAUGCUUCAGGCGCACCCCGGGGCGAACGGCGGCGGCGACGGGUCCGGGUCGCUGGUGUCGUGCCUGCGACGGCGCGCCGGGGGCGGUCGGCUCGGCCGCCUGGAGCUCUUCGACCCCGCGAUCGACGAGCGGGUCCCCGUGGCGGUUCACCUCGUCCCGCGGGGUACGGUGUCGGUUCGUGUCACCACGAGGUUCGUGUUCGCCCUCAACGGCGUCGUCGGCCGCCGCGCCAGGCUCACCGUCAUCGCGCGGCGCGUGCCGGGUGACGAGACAAACCGAAACAAUGACGAGACAAACCGAAACAAUGACGAGACAAACCGAAACAAUGACGAGACAAACCGCGGGACCGAUACCCCGGCUCCGGCAGUCGCGCUGCAGGAGAUCGUGCUGUCCUCCAACUGCGGGUUUCCCCGGGGGCUCAUGCCCCCCGGGCUGGGUUCCGACGACGCCGCGAACCUGGAGGGGUGCGCUGUUUGGAUGUCCGGCGCGGUGCUGGAGUGCCGACAAUCGCUGCCCUCCGUCGGGGCGGUGUUCCGGGGGCUCAUGGGCGCGUCGGCGCCGGGCGCGGAGACCGAGGCGUUCGCCCGCGCGGUCGAAAACGCGGGGGGUAAGGACGGCGCCAGGCGGAUGCGCCGCGCGAUCCAGGCCAGGGCGGCGGGCGCGGGACUCGGGUACUGGAUCACCGGAGGUACCCCCUCGGACGACGCCGCCGCCGAGCCGGACGGGGACGUUAAGAUCGCGGCGCUGAGCGCGGCGCUGGGCCUGGACCCGGCGCCGCUGUACGCGGACGCCGCGAGGGAGGCGAUCCGCGCCGGUGACGUGGCCAAGGCCAGGGAACUGUUAUCCCGCGCGCACGACGACGACGGGUCUCGCGACGACGACGACUCGAGGGUUUUGUCGCGUUUCGUCGCGAUGUGCCUGAGGGAAUGGCGCGCCGCGGACGCGCUGGACCAGCUCGCCGAGGACGCGUCGGGACCGGGUGACGGCACCGGCGUCGGGAUCACGGAUAAGGACUGGCUCGGGCUGUGCUGCGGCGCGCACCUGCGGCUGUCGGCGUGGGCGGCGUCCGCGGCGGCGGCGGCGCUCGGCGCGGCGGGUGAAUUUGCCGACUCGGUAAAUCUUCCCCCGCUUCCUCCGGGCGCCAUGCCCCCGCCGAUCGCCGCGAAGGCUGCGGAAGACGCCGCGGCGGCGUGCCUCGCGAGCGAGGGGGCGGGGCGCGUCGUCGCCGCGUCCAGGGCCGCGGGCGUCGCCGCGGGAGCCGCGGGCGCAGUGACGGACUUUCUCGACGCGGUGGUUCGCGGCGGCGGCGGCGCGGGCGUCGAUCCCGCGGUGACCGCGACGGUGCGCGUGAUGCUCGCGGCGGCGAUCGCGGUCGAGACGCUGCACCGCCACGGUGAACCCGCGUUGACCUACCCCCCGCCUCCCUUUGCGACGACGGGCGACGACGGGGGCGACGGGGAGGGAAACGCCGACAACGACAACGCCGCCGACGACGCUCCCGACGCGCCGUGGUGCGCCCCGACGGCGUCGCCCCACGCCGCCGCGAUGGACGCGCUCGCUCCGCCCGCGUCGUUCGCGGCGCGUUCGUCGCGGCGUGAUCUCGACCGCGAGCGAUGGUCCGAGCGUGAUGGUCCGAGCGAUGAUCCAAGCAGCGAUUUAGUCGACGGCUCGUGUCCCGUCACCGCGGUCCUCCCCCUGAUGACCCCGUCCGAGAUGAAGGCGCUCGCGCGGUCCGCGUCCAUCGGGGACAGCGCGCAUAGCGCCGCGGAGGCGAGGACGUGCACGCACCUCGCGCUCGCCGCGGUUCACCGGGGGACUCGACGCGAGAAGGCGGCGCAGAGGUCGCUUGAGCGAGCGUUGGGUCGGAUGAUCGACGAGAAGUCGGUGGACGCGGGGUGGGCCGGGGCGACGUGUUUGGGCUGGGAUAACCCCCGCGCGGCGUCCGUCGCGUACAUGCGCGGCGGGAAGUGGCUCGCGGCGACCGUGUGCCGGGUCAACGCCGUGUUGAAAGACCAGCCGCGUCGGUCGAGCUUUGGCGACGAUUUCGUCCCGCCGGACCCGGAGCGAAGGCGGCUGGUCGAGUCCGAGCUGGCGGACCUCAUCCGGGACACCGCGCCGAGGUGUCGCGGCGCCAGGGAACGCGCCACCGCGCUCGUCGCGGUGGCCAAGGCGUGGCGCGCGCUCAACCUUCCGCAGGGUCGGUUGGAGACUUUGUUGCUGGACGGCGCAACCGCCGGCGGCGUCGUCGGCGCCGAGGCUGUCGCGCUCGUGCUCCGCCGCAACAGGACAGUCUUGUCUAACAAGAUGUCCAACGACGACGAUUUCGAACGGUCGGCGGACCCGGAGCUGUGCAAGAUCCCGCUCUCCGCCAAGUUCGCCAUCGCCGUCGCGUCCCUUCGCGUGAGAGCGUCCGAGCCGAGGGAGGAGGAACCCGGUUCGCACGACGACGCCAACGAGGAUGGGGACGCCAAGAAGGACGGGACUUGGUCGCGGGUCCGCGCCGCGCUCGCCGCCGACGCGUCCGUCUCCUCGUCCGUCCGCUACCCCGCGCCGGUCGUCGCGGCGGCGUUCGGCGAGCCCCUCGAGCCGAGGUCCCCGGGGCCGUACAACCUCCCGACGCCGACGCCGCCCGAGUCGCCCGCGAACCCUACCCUAACCCCAAAACCGCGACCCGACCCGAGCGUGGACUCGUACGUCUUCAGCUGCGGUCACAGGUUCAGCGCCGAACGGAUGGCCAAGACGACGGCGGCGCUGCGGGUUGGGAUGAGGGACGCCGGGAUGCCCAUCGUCGGGGAGCUGCUGGCGGCGGAUUUCGCGUUGGAUCGAUGCGCGAGCGCGUGCCCGGGGUGCGCGAGCCGGGCCGUGGCGACGCUCGCGGCGAAGAGCUGA